GCUGUGUGAAGGACUGGACGAGGAGAGCGGACGCUAACGCAAGUAUCAUUUAUUAAAGAACAGAAACCAAAACAUAAAUCAAACCGAAACAGGAGACUAACAGACAGACAGGAUAUAACACAGCCGUGACAGACGUAUAAACGCACAAGAACCGACAACAACACUAAUGACAGAGACGCUUAAAUACACACACAAGGCGGGAAAGAGAACAGGUAACACCUGGGGACUGACUAAUGAGGGGCGGAGCUACAAAUGGGCACAGGUGAGUGGAAAAACACUGACAGAACACAGGGGCACGGGUCACGUGGGACAACACAGGCACGAGGACAGACAGGAAACAGGGCCAGGCGUGACAGAAGCCUCCCCCUAAACGCGCAGCUCCCGAGGCGUGUAAAAACGAACCCCGGGGGCUGGCGGCGGGGAGAGGCCGGAGAAAACACGAGACGAAACCGGGGACUGAAACGGAGACAGGACAGAGGACAGAGACUGGACGGAAGACUGAGACUGGACGGGAGCCUGAGACUGGACGGGGAACUGGACAAGAGACUGAGACUGGACGGGGAACUGGACAGGAGACUGAGACUGGACGGGGAACUGGACAGGAGACUGAGACUGGACGGGGAACUGGACGGGAGACAGAGACUGGACGGGGAACUGGACAGGAGACUGAGACUGGACGGGGAACUGGACGGGAGACAGAGACUGGACGGGGAACUGGACAGGAGACUGAGACUGGACGGGGAACUGGACAGGAGACUGAGACUGGACAGGGAACUGGACACUAGACAGGGAUGCAGACAGGACAGGACUGGACAGGGGAACAGGGACAAAAACAUUAACUGGGACAGAAACUAGCACAGUGACGGGGACAGGAACUGAGACACUACUGGAAACGAGUACUGGGACGCAGACAGAAACUGGAACUAAAACAGGAACAGACACAGGUACAAACACAAACAUAGACGGAAGCCCAGGGCUGGGAAAAGUCAAUGUCUGAGGGGCCAGCCUGGGCAGAGUUCUGGGGGCAAAGUCAGGAGGCCUUGCUGGUCUAGGGACACGGGGCCUAGGGCCAAACAUUGUUCUUGGAGCAGGUACAGGGUCAGAGGCGGACGGAGCCGCGGAUACAGGGUCAGGGACAGUGGGUACCACAUGGGUGGCAAGCACUGCUGGUGCUGGAGCAGACACGGAGGCUUGAACAGCUGGAGCAGACACGGAGACUGGAGCAGCUUCAGCAGACACAGAGACUGGAGCAGCUUCAGCAGACACGGAGACUGGAGCAGCUUCAGCAGACACGGAGGCUUGAGCAGCUUCAGCAGACACGGAGGCUUGAGCAGCUUCAGCAGACACGGAGGCUUGAGCAGCUUCAGCAGGCGCGGCGGGUGCAGCUUGAGCAGGCGCGGCGGGUGCAGCUUGAGCAGGCGCGGCGGGUGCAGCUUGAGCAGGCGCGGCGGCCGCUAACAACAGGACUGGAGCAGUAGGCGAGGCUGUAAAGACCGGACCGGAGCUUGCUUCUGGAUUAGGAUUCGCAGAGCUGGAAUCCGGCCGGGCUGGAGAGCUGGAAGUAGGUGGAGCUUGAGAGCGCGGUGGAGCUAGCAGGCUAGCUAGCUUAGCCGGAGCUUCAGAGAGCGGCUUCUCGGAGCGCGGAUGAGCCACGGGAAUCACACAGCGUAGCGUCCCAUCCGCUGGCUUCACGGAGUACGCCGUCUCAGCCGGGAGAGUCGAGGAGCGCGGAUGAGCCACGGGAGUCACGGAGCGUGGCGUCCCAUCCACGGGCCUCACGGAGCGCGGCGUGGAAACAGGAGGCGGCCAGUAAACAGGUGCGGGAUCAGGCAGCGGAAGGCGGGUUGGUGCGGGGAAAGGCUCCUCGUCCUCGGAGCUGCUGGGAGCACAGCCAAGAAAGUCC